AUGGGCGAAGAACACAAAUCCAUUCAAUCCCAGACCGAUGUACUCAUCAUCGGUGCUGGCCCAUCCGGGCUGAUGGCAGCCUACUGGAUGGCGCGUUAUGGGGUCAACGCGCGCAUCAUUGACAAGCGUGACACGAAAAUAUUCGUCGGCCACGCUGACGGACUUCGAGCACGGACGCUAGAGUUGUUCGAUAGCAUGGGUUUCCAGCAUCGUGUUAUGCAAGAAGGGUCUAUAUCCACCGAAGCGAACAUUUGGGUAUGUAUAAUCCUUGUUUCCCGCCGAGAUGAGGGCUUGGCUAACAAUGCCACAAACAACCAGGUUCCCGGUCCGCAAGGAAAGCUUAUGCGGCAGGGCCCAGUUAAUAUUUCCAAGGUUGAAGAAUCGCCCUUCCACAAUACGCGCUUGAACCAGGGCCGUAUUGAGCGGUUCAUUCUCGAUAGUAUUCGGGAGUACUCUGAUCUUGAAGUGGAACGAAGCGUGAUCGCCGAGUCCUUGGAGUAUGACGAGGCGUUCGAUAGUGAUCCCGAUGCAUAUCCUAUCUCGGUCAACGUUCGGGUUCGUGGAGAGGAUGAGGCGCAUUCGCCAACUGAACAGCAGGUUGAUGCUGGGUCAAGAGCUGUUCGUGAUGAACUAAAGAUUAACAAAGUGCUUCCUGAUGACUGGGCAGACCUAGCCCAGCGUAGAAAGCCCAAGAAGACACAGAUCGAAACGAUCAAAGCCAAAUAUCUCAUUGGAUGUGAUGGUGCCCAUAGCUGGACGCGAAAACAGCUAGAUAUCCCCGUGGAGGGGUCUAACACAGACCAUAUAUGGGGCGUGAUAGACGUGAUACCCCUCACUGAUUUCCCGGACGUCCGCCGCGUAAGCAUCGUAACCAACGCCGCCGGCACAAUCCUCAUAAUCCCACGCGAGCGUGGCCUAGUCCGAUUCUAUGUCCCCGUCCAAGUCUGCGAAGCAGGUGCGAGCGAGCGCUUCGACCGCUCAAAAGUCACACCAGAUUUGAUCCGCGCACGCGUACAAGCCAUUCUCUCCCCCUUCACCUUCGACUUCAAAGCAUGCAGCUGGUGGACAGUUUACCAAGUCGGACAGCGGAUCGCGGCGCAGUCCACAAAGGGAAGCAGGAUCUUCCUUGCCGGCGAUGCGGUGCAUACACACUCACCGAAGAUGGGACUUGGUAUGAACAUGAGUAUGCAGGACGGAUUCAAUGUUGGGUGGAAAAUUGCUCUUUCCGUGGUGGGGACUCUUAGGCCCGAGAUUCUCAAGACAUACGCAUCGGAGAGACAUCCCCUUGCGGAGAUGUUGCUUGAUUUCGAUCGGCAUUGGUCACCUAUGUUUACUGAUCAGGGACCGGAAGUGACAGACGCGAAAGCGAAAGAAAUAGCUACAAUCGCGGAGAAAUUUGAGGACUUCGCUGAUGGUUGGAAGGUCUUUUACCCGGCUAGCAGUCUUGUUUGCAAGGCUGGCGAUGAUGGGACUGGAUUUGCUUUUGCUCAGCACAUGAUUCCUGGAGAGAGGGUGCGGCCGGUCAAAAUUCUCAAUCAGGCUGAGGGAGGUACACAAUGGACGACGAAGGUGUUGGAAAGUGAUGGGCGCUUUCGGAUUCUCGUUCUGGCGGGUGAUGUGCGGAAUCCGAUGCAGAGGCGGCGCGUUGAGAUCUUGGCUCAGGUCCUGGCUGGUCAGUCUACAUCGUGUGCUUCACCUUUGGAUCGCUACUUGGAGAUUCCCGGUCGAUUUAAGAGUCCUAUUGAUGUGCUUACUGUCCAUGCUUCUCCGUGGAAGGAGGUGGAGUUCUUCGAUUUCCCAGAGAUUCUGCAUCCCUUUGAUCCGGUGAGGGGAUGGGCAUAUGACAAGAUAUGGUGUGAUGAUGCUUGUGCGUUUGAUCGUUAUUGUGAUGGAGCAGCAUAUGAUAAGUGGGGGGUUGAUCGAGUGCUCGGGGCGCUGGUGGUUAUUCGCCCAGAUCAAUAUAUUGGAUGGGUUGGUGAGCUUGGAGAUGUGGCAGAACUAACGGAAUACUUCGAUGGAAUUUUGGUGAAAAACCUGGCGACGGGUGAGAUAAAACCAGUCGAUUGA